UUUUUUUAAGGAAGAACGACGUUUCCCUUGUAAUAUCUGGCGCAUCUUUAAAUAUUUGCCUUCAGUAUUAUGAGGCUGAAGUUGCUGAAUUAGUUUGUUCGUGUAAAGCAGUUGUCUCAUGUCGAUGUUCCCCUGAACAAAAAGCACAAAUUGUCAAUCUAUUAAAAAAGUAUAGACACCCACUUCGUGUUGCAGCUAUUGGUGAUGGAGGUAAUGAUGUCUCAAUGAUACAAGCGGCACAUGCAGGAAUUGGAAUUGACGCAAAUGAAGGAAAACAAGCCUCCUUAGCCGCCGACUUUUCUAUAACACAAUUUUCACAUAUCUGUCGUUUGCUUUUAGUCCAUGGACGUUUCUGUUAUAAACGUUCCUGUGCGCUUUCACAGUUCGUUAUGCACCGAGGACUAAUUAUUUCAACGAUGCAGGCAAUAUUUUCAUGUGUUUUUUAUUUUGCAUCUGUGUCGCUCUAUCAAGGUGUUCUUAUGGUUGCUUAUUCUACUGCUUAUACAAUGCUUCCUGUUUUUUCACUUGUCGUUGAUAGGGAUGUAACGGCACAGAAUGCAUUAACUUAUCCUGAACUUUAUAAAGAAUUAGGCAAAGGGCGUUCUCUUUCGUAUAAAACUUUUUGUAUUUGGGUUAUGAUAAGUAUAUAUCAAGGUUCAAUUAUAAUGUAUGGGGCACUUUAUGCAUUCGAUGAAGAUUUUAUCCAUAUUGUCUCAAUUAGUUUUUCGGCUCUUAUUAUAACUGAACUUGUAAUGGUAGCAAUGACAGUCCAUACAUGGCAUUGGGCUAUGUUAAUGGCUCAGGCACUUUCAUUGAGUCUUUAUGGGGCUUCUCUUGUAAUUUUUGACCGAUAUUUUGACCGUCAGUUUGUGCUCUCGUCUGAAUUUAUUGUUAAAACAACAGCAAUUACUUUAAUUUCUUGUAUGCCUUUAUAUGUUAUUAAAUUUUUGCGAAGACGUUUUUCACCUCCUUCUUAUGCAAAAGUUAAUUGA